AUGGCGAGACCUGCUCUGGAUAAGAAAACAGGGAAGAAGCAGCAGCAGGCUGCGCUCGGGAAAGACAAGAAGAAAAAUCAGGUCGCAGAAGGGGAAGCGACUGCACAGGAGCCUGUCGUCAGCCAAGCUGCUGACCCAGCAGAGUCCGGUUUGGGGGCCGCCAGUGAGGUCACUGGGACACAACAGCUGGAACAGCAGCAGCAGCAGCAGCAGUGGUGUGUGGUAACACCCGCUAAAGAAGAUACCAGCGUGUGCUCCAGAGAAGCCAGCUGCGAGCAGACACAGGCAGAGUAA